ACAAAAAAAAAAAAAAUUAAAAAAAAAGAAGAAGGUGUACAUGUGCUCCCUAUCCAUUUUAUGAAUCUACCACUAGCGGAGUAUCUGAAAAAGUGCAGCUCCUCCUUUAUUUUCGAUAUCAACAUUAUUGCUUGUUGUAUGAGUAACAGAAAUUAAAAUGAGAGCAAUUGAAAUAUACUCGUAUGGGGCCUUAGCUUCUAUAUCACAAUCGUCUAUUUGGAAAAACAAGAAGAUAGCUGCUCAUCAGAGCGUGAGAUUGAAUCGAACAAAAAUCAGAGCAGUUGGAACUGUUCCAGAAAAGAGUAGUGAGAGAGCAGCAAUAUCACAGGAAGAUGAAGAGCCUUGUGUCAAAUUUCAAUUUGUCAGCUCGGUAUUGCUACCAGAUGGGACACCAGAUGUGCAGCUACGGAAAGCAUGUGGUGGCCAAAAACUUAGAGACAUAAUGCUGGAUGCUAAUGUCGAGUUGUAUGGACCUUAUGCAAGACCUUUGCUCAAUUGUGGGGGAGGAGGAACUUGUGCCACAUGUUUGGUUGAGGUCGUUGAAGGAAAGGAGCUACUCAACCCUCGUACUGACAAGGAGAAUGAAAAUUUGAAACGGCAUCCAAAGAAUUGGAGGCUUGCUUGUCAGGCAAUGGUUGGUAAACCUGAUUCUAGAGGCAUGAUGGUCAUUCAGCAACUUCCGGAAUGGAAAGCACACGAAUGGAAUUAUAGAGGAUUACCUCCUAUUGAAGAAGAAGAAGAAGAAUCAAUUUCCUCAUCUUCAGCCUGAGUUUUUAUAUUUAGAGAGCACUACGGAAGGAUGAUAAUAUGCUCUUGCUUUUAAUUGAGUCCACUUAUGAGCUUCAUCCUUUAUAAAUAUACUGUUACCACUACUUAGUUGAGUUUUUAUAUUUAGAGAGCACCCCUCUUUUUCUUAAAAUUAUAAAAGACCCCCUUCUCCUUUA